GGGGCCGCGCGGCGGUGCUGGCCAAUGGGAAGUGUGGGUGUGGCGGCGGCGGAGCGGGGAGCGGCACCGGCCGGGCCCGAGAGUCCCCAAGGAUGAAUGGCUCCGAGCUCGCCAGCACCACGGCGUCCAAUCCCAAAUCCAAGGAGGAUCCGGCUGGGAAUGGGCACGAGGAGAAGGAGAAGAAUCCCUUCGCCGAGUACAUGUGGAUGGAGAACGAGGAGGACUUCAACCGGCAGGUGGAGGAGGAGCUGCAGGAGCAGGAGUUCCUGGAUCGCUGCUUCCAGGAGAUGCUGGAGGAGGAGGAGCGGGAUUGGUUCAUCCCGGCGCGGGAUCUCCCACAGGGAAUGGGGCAGCUCCAGCAGCAGCUCCACGGCCUCGCCGUGGGCGACGGACACGGAGCCGAGGACAUCCUGAGCAAAAGCAACUUGAAUCCAGAUGCCAAGGAAUUCGUUCCCGGAGUGAAAUACUGACCUUGGAAAUUCAGGAAUGGCCUGGCCAGAGACUGAUUCCCUGCUCCAGGGAAAAGUUGGGACAUGGGAAGAGCCCGGAGCAGCUCCAGCACCGGGAUCUGCUCCAGCUCCAAGUAUUUCUGGUUUUCCUUAGGUUGUUCUUUUUUUUUUUUUUUCCUGGCUUUUCCUCACUUUUUCUUGGCAGUUUUUGGCUUCCUGGGAUUUGCGGUGACCCCACCAGCGGGAAAAUCUUGGGGAAAAUCAUGGAAAAAUCAUGGGAAAUCAAUAGUGGAAAAAUCAUGGGAAAAUCACGGGACAAUCAUGGAAAAAAAUGGAAAAAUCAUGGGAAAUCAGUAAUGGAAAAUCAUGGGAAAAUCUUGGGAAAAAUAAUGGAAAAAUAAUGGGAAAUCAAUAGUGGGAAAAUAAUGGAAAAAUAACGGGAAAAUCACAGGAAAAUAAUGGGAAAAUAAUGGAAAAAUCACAGGAAAAUCAUGGGGAAAUAAUGGAAAAUCAUGCGAAAACCAUGGAAAAAUCAUGGGAAAUCAAUAAUGGGAAAUCAAUAAUGGGAAAAUAAUGGAAAAAUCACGGGAAAAUCAAGAAAAUGAUGGGAAAAUAAUGGGAAAUCAAUAAUGGAAAAAUCAUGGGAAAAUCAUGGGAAAAGCACAGUGAAAUCAUGGAAAAAUAAUGGAAAAAUCAUGGGAAAUCGAUAAUGGGAAAAUCAGAGAAAAAUAAUUGAAAAAUCACAGGAAAAUCAGGAAGAUAAUGGGAAAAUAAUAGGAAAAUCACAGGAAAAUCACAGAAAAAUCGUAGGAAAUCAAUCGUGGGGAAAUCAUGGAAAAAUAAUGGGAAAUCAAUCAUAGAAAAAUAAUGGGAAAUCAGUCGUGGGAAAAUCAUGGAAAAAUCACAGGAAAAUAAUGGAAAAAUCAUGGGAAAUCAAUAAUGGGAAAACCAGAUUUUCCAGAUUUUUAGGGUUGGGAACUGGAUUUUCCAUGAUCUUUUGGAAUGUGAUUUUCUGGAAUGUGAUUUUCCGGAAUGUGAUUUUCCCUGAUUUUCUGGAAUGGGAUUUUUCUGGAAUGGGAUUUUUCCUGCUGGAAGUGAAGGGUCCCAAAGGUGCGAUCCCGAAAUCCCUCCAUACGGAAGCUGAGCAGGGGGAUCCUGCCAAUUCCAGAGGUUUUUUUUUUAGGGAAACCUGGAUUUCCCCAAAUUCCUCUUCCCCUUAAGGAAUUCCUCAGCUCAUCCAACACUACAGCCCCAAUUCCUCACGGGUGAAAAUCCAAGGAAAACGGAAUUCCUGGCGGAGAGGAGAGGGAUCCUCUGUUGGGAUGAGGGAUAUUAUGGGAUGUGGUGGGAAUAUCCUGAUGCUGAUCCCUUUUCCAAGGAUCCUGGAGUGGGAUCUGUGUCUCCAUCAGAAUUUGAUCCUGGGAAUUUCCUUCCCCAUCCAUGGGAGCUGCAGAUCCCUAAUUCCCAAAUUAGGGAAGGCUCAUAAAUCCAGGGAAACCAGGAGCUCCUUGGGAUUGGGAAUCCCUGUCCAAGGAAAUCAGGAACUUUUUGGGAUUGGAAAUCCCUCUCCAAUGAGAGCAGGAUCUUCCCAAGGUCAGAAAUCCGUAUCCAAGGAAAUCCAGAAUUCCUUGGGAUUGGGAGUCCCUAUCCAAGGAAAUCAAGAACUUUUUGGGAUUGGAAAUUCCUGUCAAAGGAGAGCAGGAACUUCCAAAGGUCAGAAAUCCCUAUCCGAGGAAAUCAGGAACUUUUUGGGAUUGGAAAUCCCUCUCCAGGAAAAGUGGAAGCUUCCCAAGGUCAGAAAUCCAUAUCCAAGGAAAUCAGGAAAUUUUUGGGAUUAAAAAUUCCUGUCCAAGAAGAGCAGGAACUUCCCAAGGUCAGAAACCCUAUCCAGGGAAACCAGGAAUUCCCUGGAAUUGGAAAUCCCUAUCUAGGGAAUGCAGGAGGUUCCAAAGGUCAGAAACCCUAUCCAAGGAAAUCAGGAACUUUUUGGGAUUGGAAAUCCCUGUCCAGGGAAAUCAGGAACAUUUUGGGACUGGGAAUCCCUAUCAAGAGAUAUCAGGAACUUUUUGGGAUUGGAAAUCCCUCUCCAGGAAAAGUGGAAGCUUCCCAAGGUCAGAAAUCCAUAUCCAAGGAAAUCAGGAAAUUUUUUGGAUUGGAAAUUCCUGUCCAAGGAAAUCAGGAAAUUUUUGGGAUUGAAAAUUCCUGUCCAAGAAGAGCAGGAACUUCCCAAGGUCAGAAACCCUAUCCAGGGAAAUCAGGAACUUUUUGGGAUUGGAAAUCCCUGUCCAAGGGGAGCAGGAACUUCCCAAGGUCAGAAACCCUAUCCAGGGAAUUCAGGAACUUUUUGGGAUUGGGAAUCCCUGUCCAGGGAAAUCAGGAACAUUUUGGGACUGGGAAUCCCUAUCAGAGAUAUCAGGAAGUUUUUUGGAAUUGGAAAUCCUUCUUCAGGAAAAGUGAAAGCUUCCCAAGGUCAGAAAUCCCUAUCCAGGGAAUUCAGGAACUUUUUGGGAUUGGGAAUCCCUAUCUAGGGAAAGUGGGAGCUUCCCAAGGUCAGAAAUCUGGAUUGAAGGAAAUCCGGAGUUCCUUGGGAUUGGGAAUCCGUGUCCAGGGAAAUCAGGGAUGUUUUGGGAUUGGGAAUGUCUAUCCAGAGAUAUCAGGACCGUUUUGGGAUUGGAAAUCCCUACAGAGGAAAAACGGGACCUGCUUGGGGUUGGGAAUCCCAAACCAGAGGAGCUUUCCAGGCUCCCUUUUCCAGGGAAAUGGGAUCUGCCAGGCUGGGAAUCCCGGGAAAGCAGCACCAUCAGCCCCAUUCCUGCUGCUCAUCCAUGAAAAUUCCCAUUCCAAGCAGCGGGAACGGGGCUGAGCUCAUGGAAUUCCCACCCUGCAAACCCCAUUUGGGGCCGUUUUUUGGCCGGGCAGGACGGGAUCCAUCCCCUGGAGCAAUCCCACAUUCUCCCCUCCUCUUUUUCCCAGUUUUCCUUGGAUUUCUCCCCCAGUUCCCUCCUUUCCCCGCCCCACCAAGGCUGUAAAUUUCGGACGAGGCGUUAUCCCAAAUAAACUUUUUUUGGAAGGGA